AUGAAUCGCGGUGAAGCAAAACAUCUUGCAGAUGCUUCAGGGUCUGAAAAGUCAGAAAGAACGACAAAGAGGUCUAAAGUAUCCACCAUCCGAAGGAUAUUUGAUAUGGCGAAACAUCGAACAAAGAGGUCUUCUUUUUUCCCAACUGGAGUGAAGGUUUGCCCUCAAGAGUCAGUGAAACAAAUUUUAGCAAGCCACCAAGCUUAUUAUAGGCUAAGAGGUGAGCAUGCCACAAUUUGAACUGCUUUCGAUAUACCACGCAAUUAUUUUUGUAACAAGUACCCAUAACCUAUUGGCCACAUGUUUGCUUUUUCCUUGCAAGAAAAGACUUUGAAAGCGACUCUGUAGGCAGUGUUAUAUCUUUCCUGAUAUAAGUGGUGCAACACUGCCAGUAUAUUAAAAAUGACCGUGUGGGGUCCCAGUGUUAUACUUCAAAGUUUGGCUGUGGAGAAGUUGGUGUCAAAAUUCUCCUCAGCCAUGAAGAUCAGUGGAUGACCUAAGGCAAGUCAAUGAAAGUCAGCCUAGGCCAGCUCACAAGGUUGUCUGAUGCUAAAAUGAGAUAAUUUUUAAUGUAUUUUAUGGUGCUCCAAUCUCCUUGGAGAGAGGGUGAGGUAUAAAUGUGACAAACAGUCUAUAAGCAACAAUUUAUACUGAAUCAGACAAACAGUCAGCCUGGUCUUGUGCUGUCAAUUCUGCCUGCGUUUCAUCUCUUCAUAAGUAACCAUGUAAACCCAGGGUAACCAAAAUGGUGUCCUCAAAAUGAUGCUUGACUACAACUCCCAGAGGAUUUCACAGAGGCAGGUAGUUGACUGCUGUGGGAUAUGGGACUUGAUGAGCCCUUGGUCUUCUGAUCCAUUAGGGUUCUUGUUGUUUGUUGUUUUAUUAAAUUGCAGCUUAAUUCUAGAGAUGUUGUGUUGAACCAACAGCAUUCCAGAGGCAGCUUGCCCUCCACACACACUGAAUCCUAGUACAGCCCAAUGUGAGAGCUGUGUCACAUGAAUUUCUGGAUGAUGCAUUUUCGUUCUAGGAAAAGUAGCACAAGGCACAAGUAGGAUUCUUUUACGCCCUCCUGCAUCACUUAGAACUAUAUCUAACCUAUGGACAUCUGGAGAUUUGUGCUGCACCACGCCAAAAGAAGGGUGUUGGAGGAAGGUUUUCCAAGACACACAGGCUUUUGAGGGGCUGUUUAUAAUGAUGUAGCUGCUUUGAAUUAAAAGGAUCCAGAUAGCGUACACCUGCAGUCCAAGACAAAUUUAAUAGCUUAGUGAAGCUGUUUGAGUUUGUCUGCUAAAUAUGAUAAAUGCUGUCCCUCUUCUGGAGCAUCAGCAAAUGCAGAAAAAUUGUCAUGCAGUUCCACAUAUUUCUGCAUCUCUCAUAUUUAUGUUUUGUGAGUUAGAGUUAAGAUGUUCCGCAAGAAUGUUUGUAGAACGUAUAUAAUACAUUAUCUUGAAUAAUUCAUCAGCCGCGGUGCCAUAGGUUUUGUCACACAUGAGUUUUGCAAAUGGGUUAAAAAUGAUUCAUGUGUAUCAGGAACUUGUGGUGUUUACAGAAAAACUGCAAGCAGAUAAAUUUUCUGCCAUUUUAUAGAAUGGAAUAAAUCCAACCUAGAACUGUAAAAGUUGAUGGCUUCCUAUUUGCCCAGAAUGGCACCUGUUUUCUUCAAGACCUAAAUACCGCAAGAGGCAGCACUAUUACUAGGAUCACAGGGAUAGGAGGAGUAUGGUUAACCAUUCCCUUUCCAGCAAGAUCCUCUCCCUGCAUAGUAAUUAUGCUUAGGAAGAAAACUGGUGCUGUGUGUGCUCCUCUUUUUAUGCUAUGAUCCCAACAAAAAUCCCAUCAAAAUCCCCACAAGAUGUGGUGUGGGGCAAGGAGAAGGCAUGGCUGGGUGUGGCCUGCAGAUUGGUGUUCUCUGACUGCAGGAUUUCAUGCAUGCUCUGAAUGUUACUUGGUAUCAUUAAACAAAUAGGGAUUGAGCAGGAGAUGUAGUUCAUCUGCCAAGGAACAGUUAAAGCAUCAAAGACUAGGGGGUGGGGCGGGUUAGCAUGGUGUGCUGGCAUAUUCUGGGUAUAGCUACUUCAAUAGCCUCUGAGGUACUCCUUAGGUAGUGGUUUUACUCAGUGGUGUUUCUCUGUUUGUGGAACAGCCCCCUCAGUGUGAUAUUUCUGUCUCCUUUGCUCUUAACAUUCGGGAAGUUGAAAUAAAUUAAAAAAUUAAAAAAUUUGUCCAGUAGCACCUUAGAGACCAACUAAGUUUGUUCCGGGUAUAAGCUUUUGUGUGCAUGCACACUUACACAAAAGCUUAUACCCAGAACUAACUUAGUUGGUCUCUAAGGUGCUACUGGGCAAUUUAUUUUAUUUUUUAAUUUAUUUUUACUACAUCAGACCAUCACGGCUACCUACCUGAAUUCGGGAUGUUGUUUUUUUAUAUCAUUGUAUUACCCUUACAAAAAAGUACCCUAAGCAGCUACCUAGAAUGAACUAAUAAGGAUGGAAAAGAAAGUUGCACAGUGAUUAACCCUUUUAUUUCAGCAAGACUAUGGCAGAGAUGGUACUCUUGAGAAUGCAUUAUUGAAUUCACCAAGUCACAAUGUUUGCUUCCUUGAAGUAACUGUUUUGGGCUUCCUUGGCAAUUUCCCACUCAAAUCUAUGUUGAAUUUGGUAGCACCAUGGCAACUUUUAGCAAUCAGUUCAACAACACUUAAAUCUUGCAUGUCACCAGGUCCUGUGCACCAUUCAAGUUUCUGUCCAUGGAUGCCUCCCGUCUGGUUGGUUCCAUGGCCAACUGUUUUAGGUUAGUCAUUAAGGGCACCUAGAAAUGUUACCUCUUUUUCAUCACUGGAACAUUGUAAUCAAAGUUACUCAUUAUUACAAUGUUUCUUCCUACGGCUUCCUCCUUUAUUUCACUUUAUAUCUCAAAAUCACUCUGGAUGUUUUCAACAGGGGAUGAUGGUACCUUCCUAGUACUAAAUUACUCUUAGGGCCUUGUAUUGCCACCUAAGUGAUUCUGUGGAGAAGUCCUUUUUGGAUUUCUAGUUCAUUCGAUACUAUAGUAAAGAAUGUUGUGACUCCUAAUAUGCCCUUUUGGUUUGUAUUUGUAUCCAGAGAUAGCCUUGUCCCACUGGCUUUCUCUCCACUUCACCAUGUUUCUGUUUUGCCCAUUAUAUUGAUGCUCUCCUUUAAAAUCAAGCACUUCAUUGGUUCACCCAUCUUGGCUCAGAAGUUUCUAGCAUAUAAACACACGUACAUGGUGCCUCUCUCCAAAUUUCUCUGGCAUGUGUGUUUUCCUCUAUGGUGCUUUGGCCUUUGUGAAUGCCUGUCAUGCCCCUCUGCACUUUCAUUGCCUAGUUACUCUAAUCAAAAACAUUUUCACCCUCAUCCCUUAGGGAUGAUUCAUCUGUAACUGCACGGCCCUCCCCUCCAAUUGGCUUUUUCCUAGGGAUCAGUUUAAAAGUUGCUCAGCCACCUUUUAAAUUUAAGUGCAAGCACUCUGGUUGCACUCUGGUUCAUGUGGAGCCUUUCUAGAGGUCUGGCUGGGCCCAAAAUAUUCUCCGGGGCCUAAUAAAUCUAAAACAUCCAUCUCAUGCACACAUUGAGACUCAUCAGCUGUAGAUGGCCUCACAUGUGGAAGAGGUUGCAUUUUAGAGAAAUUACCUUGGAAGGUUCUGCUUUCUACCUAGCAACCUAAACUUUGCUGCCAAGAUCACACAACUACUUUCCCUCAUGUCAUUGAUACCAAUACGUACCAUGAUCACGAUCUCCUCCUGAGCUGUACAGGCUAUCUAGAUGACUUAUGAGUUGUGAUCUGCCAUUUUGCACCAGGCAGGCAAGUCACCAUGCGGUCUUGCACACUCAUCACAAACCCAGCUAUGUUCUGAUUUAAUCACCCACUGCCAGGAGCCCCUGACCCACUGAAGGAAGUAUUAUCAACGCAAAGGUUAUUUAUUCAUCCUCCAAGGAAUGAGCCCAUUCAAAGGGAUCAUUUCAAAAGAAGGAAUAUAGUCACAUCUAUCAUAUCACUUUAAACAGAAAGCAGUGGGGAGGGGGACAUAGUUCUUAUUUUGUGCACAUACUUUUGUAAUAUUUCUUACCUGUUCCGUUAUUUAUAAUUUACUGUAGUAUUAAAGCUUCCGGUGGCAAAGGCUUCUUUUGUUAGGCAGUUGGAUUAGUUGAUGGCUCAUCAAUGGGUUAUUUAUUCACAGUAUUUACCACUUUUCAGGCAAACCUCACAAAGCAGUUUACAUAAGAUUACUACAACUGUCAGCAUUGCUUUUUAAGAAACAGUUGCAACAGAAUGGAUAAGGCAGUUUGUCUGUUUGGAAGAAGCUGCUGCUUCUCCCCUCCCCUCUGGGCAAGGUGGUCCUUCAGAGCCCCCAUCCCCUCCCCCCCAUGGUGGCAGUUGGGCGGUAGGAGAGGCCACAGAGGGAUAUCAAUGGUGACAGUUCCUCAAGUUUCUUUCUUCUCCCCUCCCCUCAGGAGAAUACUUUAUUUAUGAAUUGCUUCCCAUGAUACCUUCCAAAGUGAUUCACAAUAUGAUCAAAGUUAUAUCUCUUAAAACGGUUAAAGCAAUUGCAUAUAUAAAAAAGCAAUCAUAUACAGGCACACAUACAACAACAGCAGAUACAUCAAAUCAAAUCCAGCAUACCAACUUUUGCUACCAAUUUAGAUACCCAAAUACUAAUAAUGAUGAUGAUAAUAAUAAAGGUGCAUUGAUUAUUUAGUAUGUAAACUAGUCUGUCUCCUAGUAUUCAGCGAUGGUAGUCUACUGUAAACUUUUGGGUUUAUUUGCCUAAAUUAUGUCUUAUACUACUUUUCCUAACUAUCCAAUAGUAAGAUACAGAUUGCAGCUGCGUGAGCUUAUUUCUGUAAUCAGUCCCAAACCUGAGUUGAGCAUCAAAUUAUGAUGCCACCCUGGGCCUUCACGCAGGGCAGCAACACCUAUGACAGCACUUCAUGUUGAUUAUACGAGAUGCGCAAUAAUGCUUCUAUGUGUGGUUAUUCACCACCAUAUGAUUAAAGAACAGCAGUUGUUCUUCCCAAUUAUGAAGUGUGAGAAUAUCUGUCUUUAUGAGGUUUGUGAUAAAAGCUUACGGAAUCUUUUUUUCGUUCUUUCGUUCAUUCUUUCUUGCAUCCAUUCUUCCUUGCAUUUUCUCUCUCUAUGCAGUCCUUGCCUAUAUAUUCUACAAAUGGAUUUUCAAAAACAUUAGCAAAAUUAAAUUGCAUAGCAAUUCUUGAUUUUAGACUGCAGUUCUCUUCAUGCAUAUGGGAUUGAGCUUUAUUUUUCAGGACUGUCUUUAAGGUAUGGAGGUUUUUAUGUCAUGAGUUUCAUUGCAUCUAGAAACUAUGCAUUUCAUAUCCAGGUGAAUAUGGAAAGAACUCCCACAGGCACCUGUUAUAUUAGGGUUCAAAAAGUAAAAUUCCUGACACCUACAAAGUUGUUGAGCCCCGAAAAUAGUGAUUUUAGGCUUUUAGGCUUUUAGCGGUUUCUGCUACUUUUUCCACCAUAUUGCCAUACAUCUGGGUUUUUCCUGGCACCAAGCACUUCCUGGCCAGCCCCAGAGGCACCAUGCACCUCGGAAGCUUGUAGCCUGGGCUGCUGCAACAAACAGCUGUGCAAGCUUUUGGUAGGUAGAAAUGUGAGAGGGCAUCAGAGAAGGGAGAGAAGGAAAAAGGGACAGAGGCCAGUGUUGCCCACGGCACUCCUGACCAUCAUUCAAGGCAUCGCAGGGUGCCAUGGCACACUAGUUGAAAAACCCUGUUCUGGGGAAAGGCCCUGGCUGCCAGUUUCCUCCUCUUCCUUAGUUUCCAUGUUGCUUUUGUAGAGCUCAGCAGGAAGGAUGGAGGCAUUAGAAGUAGAAUUAGUUGGCUCUGCCAGUCAUUGGCUCUAGCGCCACCUGCUGUUGGCUCCCUCCUUUCUGCCCCACCAGUUCCAAUGUAUACCAGCCACUACUGCCAUCUUCCUUUGCAUCUAUACCCUCCAUCCAUUGUUUGAGGACAGGAUAUUGUGCUAAAAGCAUUGGAUCAAGGCCACCAUUGAUAUAUCUCCCUCCCCAUCAAAAAAAAGGGGGGGAGAACCAAUUGAAAUUUGUUUUUGGCUUGUUUUUUCCUCUCAAAAACUUCCCUCAGACAACAUACGUUUCAGCUCCCUUUUAAAGCUAUUCAAGCUGGUUUGUACGAUAUGGCAAAAAAACAAAUCCUUGUUGCUUUUCUUUGUUAGGAAUUAAUUAAUGGGCUUGUGUAGUCUGACAUGCACACAUUCAUUUAUGAACAGCAGGUUGUUAAAUAUUUGUGUGCACGUUAGUCCUCCUUUUUGGAGCUUGUUGUAUUAAUUGCACUAGGCUGCUGACAGAGGCUGAGCAGAGGGGACUCUUGGAACUCUUCCUUGCAGCCAUGAGAUUUUACCCUACUGUGUGUUUGUUCUGAAGCGUCAUCCCAGCCUUAUUAGUUUUGUGCCUUUGCACAUGCUUGCUUUUAUUUCCCCAAAUGAUACAGAAGCCAGCAGUUGUUCCACAGCUGCGAUGGCUGUUAUUUUCCACCAGUAGCUACAGUUUUGGCAUGCGGUUCGGUUAGUUAUUCAGCAUCGAGAGGGAGCACUUUAACUUUUAACAAAUUAGAGCCAAUGUACAAAAGAGGAGAGUUGUUUCCAUGGGGACUAUACAUCAAAGCAGGUUUUCUUUUCUUUUUCCUGGAGGGUCAUUUGAAACGACAACAAAUGAAGCAGGAAUAUAGAUGCAUAGGACCACAUAAUUAUACUUCAGACAGUAUAACAUUUAUGAGUCAAUAGAUUCUGGGGGGGUGGGGAUAAAAUGUACACUAGAAUUGGCAUUAUCUAUGGCUAGAUUAUUUCCAUCUGUGCCUAGGCAAUUCUUUCUGUGGAACAAUAGGAGAGUUUUUCCCUUUUACCACAGGAUUCUGAUCCCGCUUCAGUAGCUUGGUUACUGUUCAAAUGUAAUGAAUGAGAGGGCAUGCCCAGAGAAAAACACUUUUUUUCAGAAAUACACCAUUUCAAGAGCAUUUUUGUAUCAUAUUGGUAGUCCUACACUGUAAAAGGCUGCAGUAGGAGCCAUGAGGAUCAGCUGAUAAAUAACUAUGCUUUCAGUAAAGUGUGGGUUUUAAAACCCUUUGAAAACCAUUUCAGGAAUUAUCUGGGCAUGAAUGUGAGGAAAAUACUUUACUUCCAAUAGGAACCAGCCAUAGUCACCUUUCGUUAUUGCAGCAGCACUAGGAACUAGUUCUGGUGGCUAGCUUUAGAUUUUAUAGGGUACAGGUAUAAAGCACUGUGAAAUCCUGGGGUGGGGAAUAGUUUUGCAAGGUCUAGAACAGGAAAUAAAAACUGGGUGGGUGUAUGUACUCAAAUGAUGGUUCUGUAGUAUUGCCACCAAAUAUCUAAAAAGCUAUUACUUGGCCCAUAGCUCGAAUCUCUUGUUUAUAUGAUUUGUUGUCACCAAUUCGCCCCACCUCAAUCAGUGCAGCUUUUUGCAAACAGCAGUUUCAUCUAUCCAAAUCUCUGAUUAUUCAGAUGCUAAUACAUGCGCAACUUGCACUUGCCCUUCAAAGCACUUUCUUUCCCUCAAAGAGUUCUGGGCACCAUAGUUUACCCCUCACAGAGUUAGUUUCCAGCAACCCUUAACAAACUACAGUGCCCCGAAUUCAAAGGUAGUUAAUGUGCUUCAAAUGUGCACUAAAUAUGUUUAGUGUGUACAGAGCCUUGGAGUAGUAGGGGUAUAAAACAUGUCUCACAGGGAGUUAGAGUUGACAUAUUUUAUUGCAGCAGAAGCCUGUUUGAUUGAGGUAGAAAAUCAAGAGGAAAGGCAUUUCUCAUUAUUGUACUUGCCAGGGUAUUUCCACCUGUCAAUGUAACUUUUAAAAGCCACUCUUUGGAGCCUGCUAUUUUAUUUACUACCAUCAUACUUAGAGCAAUUUUCCUGCCAUAGGCCUGGUUCUUCCAACCACACAUUGCCGCUUGAUCAUAACCCCAGCUAAAGGAGCCAACAGUUCAAUAACCACCCCAUACCCAUGAUUUUCACUAUUGAUUAAUCUGAAGAAAUUAGUGCUUCAUGACUGAGUUAACAUGUUCACCUCCUAAUUACAGCUGAGCAAGCUGCUGUCCUUUCUCUAUGUCUUCCCUUCGGCUGAGACCUCAUGAUUUUCUGAAACAUUUUUUAAAAAAUCAUUUUGAGGAGAAGGCUGAAUAGAACUAUAACCAUGUAGAAUUACAGUCGCAAAAAGGCAUAUCACUGGGGAAACAAAGUCUAUCGUUUGGAGUAAGUGGCUUUACUGUAAGCUUUAUUGAACAAAUAAAUAAUUACUUCUGAGUAACUCCCACUUAAGUGAAAUGCCCUCCCAAUGCAUAUUUAUCAGGCUAAUCUUUCUAUGCACAUCUGGCAAAAACACGACUGUUUUGGAAGACAUUUGAUUAUUUUAUUGGCUUUGUGGUUUUGUUUCUGUUCCUCUAUUACUGUUUUUUGAUAUAUGAAUGUUGUGUGUGUGUAUGUCCAUUUUUAGUAGGUAUUUUAUGGUAUUGUGUGACGUUCUUAUACUGUAAGCUGCUUUGAACAAAUCUGUAAAAAAAUGAACAAUGAAAUAAACAUAUGAGGACUAGUUCUGACUAAACAUACUGAUGAGCAUACUGCACAUUUCUUCCCAAAAGGAAAAGAAUGGGUGUAGGGGGGUGGUUUCGCCCAGCUUUGAAGUUGCUAGACAAUUCUAAAGAGAGAGGCCACCAGUGGUCCUUUUGCUUCUCAAAAAAGUUAGAACUAGCAAGUGAUUGAAUGAGCUUCAGAGUUUGGGCAAUUUGGGUAUUUGUGGAGCAGAGUUCCAUGUAACCCAACAUUUAGCUGCAUGUGUGAGACAGACUGAAGCAUUAGUAAGGGAUCAAACACCUUUAAGUCUCUAUACUGGUGCUGUUACUAAAUCAAGAUUAAAGUUUUUGCCCAGUAAAGUGCAGGCAUUCUUAUUCUGUUUUCUCAGUCUGCCAAGAAGCUGUAUGGGAAGCCUUCCGGAUCUUUCUGGAUCGGAUUCCAGAUGCAUCAGAAUACCAGAAUUGGGUCACCGCCUGUCAACGAGACACUUUCUGCAUAUUUGACAUUGGGAAAAAUUUCAGUAAUUCUCAGGAGCAUCUGGAGAUAAUUCAACGGGUAAGACCUAAAGACUGUGUUUUCUCACACAGAAGAAUGUCUCUUUUAAAAGACCAAGGCAUAUCAAAAAAAGAUUUAAAGGGUCCACGGUGGAAAAGAAAUGGCAUUAGACUGAAUCAUGGAAUAAUGAAAGAAGAAACUUGCAAGUAAUCUGUUUUUCUCUUUUUAAAUCUUUUUGCAGCGAGUAAAACACAGAACCUUCCAGGAUAGGUAAGUAAACCAAAAUAAGAGUUCUCUUCAGUUGAUGUUCCUGCCUCCUGUAAACAAAAAUGUAAAAGGUAUGUAAGCAUUUUGAAUGUUAUGUAGCUUAUGUGCAUGACAUACAUUUAUUACACCUGCUACAGUUAAGAAGAGUGUAAAAAAUCCUCUAAGUCUGGUGUGUCCAUGAGUGACUGCCUCUAAAGGGUGAGUGAUUCAGAAUCACACUCUGUUCAUAAAUAAUUUGAUCCACAAUCCUAUCCAGGAAGAUUUGGGCAUUAGCUAUUGUAGGCUGAAGAUCUUUCAAUCUCCAAAACAAUUUCUAAAUAGACAUAAUGCAAUAUUCACAGGAGAACUGAGAUGGAUAAUGUCAAGAUUGAAGUCAUAUAAAGUUAUUUACUUCUGACUGUAUAUUUGUUUGUUGUUUAAAAUUCCAUGAAUUUUUCAAUAAUGUGCCCUGUUACAUAUACCAUUCUGUAAUCUGGUUUUUAUCAACAUUUCCAAAUUCAAGAUGUCCAGUCCAAACCCUUUUUAAACAGUUCUUGUGAUCUCAUAUGAUUGGAGUAAAGUCUGGCUAGGAAACCUCACAAAUUCCACUUUCAGCAGAGUGUGAAAGUUGAUAUAUAAGUUUCCUUUUCAUUGGUUCUCAUGACUAACCACUUGUGUGAGCUGUUAAAUGUACAAGAAAGCAUUCCUGUGGCUUUAAUCUGAGCUUUAGCAGCCACCAGAUCAAGCAGAAAGAAUUUUGAGAAGACCUUUUGUUUGGAAAGAUGUUACUUUAGAUACAAGUGUGUUCUUGAUCUGGCCAGUUAUAAUCUGGGAGAGAGAGAAAAGAACAUGGAGUCCUCUUCAUUUGUUCAUUCUUUCUGAUUGCCAAACUCUUUUCUCCUUACAGUCCUCCCCUCCCCCUCACUCCAAUCAUUCCUCCUCUGGCAAUGCCAUAGUAAUAAGAGGGCAUGCUUUGGAUGCAUAAUGUCCCAAAAUAAGCCUCUGCAUGGCACCUCUAGUUGAAAGUUACCAGAUUGCAAAGGUAGAGGAUUGAGAGAAUUUGGCAAAUGGAUAUUUUAGAAAGGGUCGACACCCUAAAUUAGAAGAACGUUUAGCUUGUCACAAUGUAAGACAAGACCCUCAAAGAAGGAGAACAUAUAGAUUUCCUGACUUUCAUCUGUUGUGUGGUAGCCACAUGAGGUGCUGUGUCAUGCAGAAUAUUGGAACAAUUCAUCAGAAAGGAAAGGAAAUAUUUUACCUCCGUGAAAAUGACCCCUGUAGUUGUUUGUUGUGGCACUUAUUCGUUUUAUUUACUAUUGCUUCCACUACUACUCUUUUGAAAUUGGAACAGUUUUGUAGAGGGCAAAAAUUAAAGGAACAGCGUGAAUGGAGAAAAAUUGAGUUAUAGGACCAGUUCAAGCAUCACUGUAGAAAGAAACAGAAGCAGUCUUUUACAUUGCCUAAAAAAUAACCCUACAAGAGUUCAUUACAAGUUUAAACUGAAGUGAGGCUACAUUUGGUGCACUUGUAUAUGAAUUGGUUUUCCCUUCUGAGGCCUUCACAUCAUUGCCUCACCUUACCUUUCUCUGCUUGUUUUCUGUUAUACCCUUUUAUGACCUUCACUCCUCCAACUCUAUUAGCCUCAGCUUUUUGCUCUCUUAGAAGCAGGCACAGCUGGCAAUGAUGAAGCUGGUUGUUAUCCCUCACUGCCCCCUGUGUCUGAGCUCCUUUUCUGACUAUGAGAGCAGAACCACCUUUUUAUUUCAAAUCCCUCCUCAGAACGCACUGGUUUCUUAAGGAUUUUGGUAUAACCCCUUAAUUCUCCUCCCCAGCUUUAAGCAAGUCCAUGUAAUAUUAAAAACACGAUAACAUCAAACAUUAAAAACUUUCCUAAACAUGGCUGCCUUCAGAAGUUUUCUAAAAGUCAAAUAGUUGUUUAUUUCCUUGACAUCUGAUGGGAGGGCGUUCUACAGGGCUUUGGAUUUCACACUUCUCUGAAUUUUGCGCUGUAGCUCUUGGUUUUAAGGACAUACACAUUUUUAAUGUAUAUUCUAGGAUAAAAUGGAAGGAACUUGAUAUCACAGUAAACAUUGCCGGAUGGAACAAUCACCUGUUCUGGGGAUUUCCCCCAUCCCCACCUUGAGCCAAUUUUGGGAGGGUGGGGGGUAGAGAUGGGGGGAAAGCAAGUUGUGCAAGUUCUUUGUGUAGGACUUCCACUGAUAGGACUCAUUAGUUGAAUCUCACCCAGUGUGUUUAGAAAAUUUUACUUUGAGAUAGAAAAUGUAUUUAAAUCAUUUGUGAAAAAACAAAUAUAUAAAUAUAAAUUUUUGUAUGGAUUUAUUUUUUUUAAAAAAAAGAAACAGGAUGGCAUUGAAUUAGGAAUAAACAACUUGCAAAAUGGACAGAGACCAGAAACAGACUGAUUCAUUCAUGGAUAGUGUUGUUGUUGUACUAUUGACAGAAAUGUUUUAAUUAUUGGGGGGGGGUAUUUAGAAGCAUUUAUUCCAUUAUUUGGGCUGUGUCUAUAAAACUAAGGCACCUGCCCAGCCAACAUAAGCAGUUUUAAGUUCCAUUGAUGUAAGUGCAAAGAGGAAUGAAAUAGAAGAUUCAUUAUCCUAUUGAGACCAAUAGAACUUUAGAGAAUACCUAGUUGAAUCAAGGCCUUAAUCUGUAUGUCAAAGAGGAAAGAAUUCCUGUUCCUUUCAUCUUCGCUGCAUAAUUUACAGUGUUCCUUAUUUCUCUCUGAUAGAAAAGAGGAAAUUUCUACAGAGAAAACUAGUGGCAAAAAAAUUGAAGAACCUUCUGUUGCUACAGGUAAAUUAAAAGAUGCCAUGUGUUUCUAUCCAUUAACCCUGAGUAUUAUUGUUACUUGUUGUUCAGAACUCUGAAAUAUAAUGGGUGUCGCAAGUGAAAUAUGCUAAUGGCAUAUGUUUGGAUUAUAAGUCUCAUAUCUUUCCCGUAGCUUUCAGUGCUUAAACCAGAGCGUUUAACUGUGCACUAUUCAUCUUGUUUCUGCUGUAAAAUACUUCUCAGAAAAGCUGCUGCGGUUUGCUAAAAGAAAUAAUCAGGCAGGAAAUUGGCAACACAGAAUUUCAUCUGGAUGGGGUUUGAUGGUAUGUUGUUGAAGGUAAUGCUGUUGUUCGGGCAACUGCAUGAAUGGCUUUCAAAAACUAAAUGGCAGCAUUGAAGGGGCCAUUUUGGUGUGUGAUCCUAGCAGGGAUGUAGGAGGUUCAAAAUCUUUGCCCCUGCUAUGGUUCUAGUCUGUGUUGGGCCCCUCCCUCUGUACCUGCUAUUUGCAUUGAAAUAAAACCUUCCACUUGCACCAAAAGUCUUUCUUCUAGUGCAAAUAGUAGGUACAGGGCUCCUAAUCUGGACUGGGGCUACAGCAGAGGAACAGAGGCUUAAAGCCCCUACAGUCCCACCCCAGUCAAGCUCCUGAUCUGAAUUGGGGCCCUUAUGCCUACUAUUUACUUCAAAACAUUCUUUACGUAAUUGUUAAUUGCCUGAAUGGUGGCACAUGUUGUUUGGCCUUUAAAGUGAAGUUCUAACUCAUGGUGAAUUCAGUGAGUCUUACUCUUAAAUUAGUGUGCAUAACAUUGUCACCCCAAUCUGUGCCUUUGUUUCUCUUGAAUUAUAUACAUCACAAGAGGUAAAUGUAUAUUUUAAUUCAUCGCUUAGGUUCCAAUUGGUUCUGUUAUUUUGCUAAUUCACAUUAUUUGCUUCUUGGGCAAAGAAAGAACUCCCACACCUGUUUUUAACCCGCUCUCUACCUUUACUGCACACAGCAGCCCCUACAGGCCCCGUUGUCGACGACACCAAAGUUCCUGUGAAGGUGAGGGCACAUUAACAUUCCAUAUCGCUAGCCAAUUGCUCUUGGUUUUCUGACUCAGUGACUUGUGUGCCAUUAAAGAAAGCCAUUAGGUUUUCUCUAUAUUCACUUCAGUUAUGAUGUAAAUGUUGUAUUAGCAUCUCUCCUGUGAGCUAAUUUUGAAUGAUGCUUCCUGCCCACGCUUGUGGAAAAUAAUGGUCAUUUGAAAUGGCUUUAAAGCAAAGGUUUCACCCACCAGUGUUAAUCAAGGCUUUUUGUCCUUAUUGCAUAAUCCAUUCCCAUUACACAAACAGAAGCCUAUGCUUUGCUAUGAAAGGGGUGGGAAAACAAAUCAAAGUUUUCUUUUCUAGCUUCUGGGAAUGAGGGAAAAGGCAUUGAGGAAACAUUGGUCGAGGGAAAAGCCCGCCAGGAAUUCAUGUAAGGAAUACUUUGAAAUACUGGCUGGUAUACACAAAGUAACCACAAAGCCAUGACCUGGGCAUACCUUGGUCCAUUGUCAGGACCAUUCCAACUUGCCCAUGCCAUUCAUGCAAUCAUUCUAGAAACCUAUAUGUUAGGGUCAUUAGCAAAGCUGUGUGCAUUUUGCGACGUGCUCCCCAAUAGCCCUUUCAUUGUCAUAGAGGAUUCUACAAAUCUUCAGCUGUAGUCUUCAGACUCACCAGAGCAUCCUCUGUGCCAUUACAAGUUAUCAUGGGAUGCACCUCUCAGUUUUUGCAGCAUAGCUGGGCAGUGAGGGAAUGAAGUAUUGGGAUAGAUGUUAUUUAAACUUACAUAUUUUUUACAUCCUGUCAAAUCAUCACAGUAGCCCUACCCACCAACCCAAGGGAAUCAUAGAAUCAUAGAGUUGGAAGAGACCACAAGGGCCAUCGAGUCCAACCCCCUGCCAAGCAGGAAACACCAUCAGAGCACUCCUGACAUAUGGUUGUCAAGCCUCUGCUUAAAGACCUCCAAAGAAGGAGACUCCACCACACUCCUUGGCAGCAAAUUCCACUGUCGAACAGCUCUUACUGUCAGGAAGUUCUUCCUAAUGUUUAGGUGGAAUCUUCUUAGAUGGAAGACCCAAGCAAACUGGUGGCUGGCAUCAGAACCACUAAGGGCACCCCACUUGACUUAUUCUUGGAAAAGUCUCAGCUGAAAAUAGCAGUGACUGGUACAUCUCCUUGUUGUGAUGCUGUUACUGAUUGUCUCAAUCUACGACUGGGAGAUGUUGCUUCUACAGGGAUUUCAGAACAUGGGAAAAUAUAGACAUUUUCAUGCUGAUAGUUUUCUAGGAAGUUGUAACUAAUAUGCAUAUUCAUAUACACAUAAAUAUUCAUGAUUUUAGAGAUUAGUGCUGUAUUCAGCCUUUUAAUACAAAAUCAGUUGGUGUAGAUUCUGUGCCCAGUUAUUUUUAAAUGAUAUGUGCAUGCAUCUUUAAGAAAUAUCACACAAAAUUUAUUUAAAAUAUAGAACUAAAUAAUUUAAAAUAUAGAACUAAAUAAUAUUAGUGAGUUCUGCGACAAGGUGUUGUAGUGUAGAGUGCUGGCUUGAAGCACAAGCCAGCCAGUAUUCCAUUCCCCUUCUCUAGUUUUUUGUUUCCUUCUUCUUCUUCUUCUUCUUCUUCUUCUUCUUCUUCUUCUCCCCAGAACCUUCAACUUUUUUCUCCUUUUACCUUGUCUCCUUUCCCAAAGUUUGUGUGUGCAUGUGCAUGCUUCUGCUAACCUCACGGGUUAAUACCUCUGUCUUGUGUGUGGAUGGUGCAGUUUUGAUCGCAUAAGAUUGGCAGUCAGAGAAUGAGUUCACUUUCAGUAUACAGGAUAUUGGGUGUUGCCCAGGUAGGAUGGCAACUCAUUUCCUCUCCUGUUCUUCUCAGGAGCCAAAGCCAGAGGUCCCGAACAUAGUCCCCGAACGUCCUGUGGAGCAGAUGGUGGAGUUCAGUGUGACCCUCACUGACCAGGAGUAUACUCCAGAACUGAGUGAUCCUACAUCUCCUCAGUACCAGAAACUAGCUGAAAAAUUUCAGCUUCAAGUAAGAGCGCUCAGUUAUUCAAUGACAAUACAACUUACGCUUGUUUGAUUAGAGGGUUGGUUUGGUUUGGGUUUAUUUAGUGGGACAUUAUAGACAGUGAUAAAUAAGAAAUGUGUCUCUUGUCUGCUUUGCUGUGUGUUGAUAUAGAGUAGUGAAAUUAUUUAGACUGAAAUCUGUGGGAAGUUGCUUAGGUUUGUGUUUCCCAAGUAGUUCAGAUUUGCAAGGAAAUAAUGAAGAGCUCAAUAUAGGCAAGUUAAGCGCUUUUAAACCUCAUUGAUUUGAUACGGGAAGGUCUUGUUCUUUCAGCAAAUGAUAAGCAGUCCCAUGUUUCAGUGGGGAAGAUGCAUCAGUCCAUGCCAACUGUUCAGUCCACAGUUUUGUACAUGUGCAUGCCAGUGUCAAAUCAAUAUCGAGAUGCCAAGCUAAGUAAAGAGCUUUCUGCCAUACAAACUAAUUAAAAACACUAGUCCUUGGUUUUAGCAAGGUUUAAAGUACAGCGGGUGGUGCUGUGGGUUAAAGCCUCAGCGCCUAGGACUUGCUGAUCGAAAGGUCGGCGGUUCGAAUCCCCGUGGCGGGGUGCGCUCCCGUCGUUCGGUCCCAGCGCCUGCCAACCUAGCAGUUCGAAAGCACCUUUGGGUGCAAGUAGAUAAAUAGGGACCGCUCACCAGCGGGAAGGUAAACGGUGUUCCGUGUGCUGCGCUGGCUCGCCAGUUGCAGCUUCGUCACGCUGGCCACGUGACCCGGAAGUGUCUGCGGACAGCGCUGGCUCCCGGCCUAUAGAGUGAGAUGAGCGCACAACCCUAGAGUCUGGCAAGACUGGCCCGUACGGGCAGGGGUACCUUUACCUUAAAGUACAUAGGCACUGUGUUCAAGAACCAGUUUGCCUGAUAACCCAGCACCAGAACCUGAACCCACAUUUCACAGAAACCAGUUGACGCUCUACUACCCUGGACCACGCUAGCUGUCAGGAAGUAGUAACAGUGACGACAUUCUGGGCUUAUGGUAAUUGCUCUUUAUAUCAGUUGGAACCUCAGUUAGUUUAAAAAUUCAGUCAUUCAAAAUAGAGAACACCGCUUGCUCCUAACUCUUACGUCCAACACUGCAAAGGUACCCUGCACAAUUUGUGAGCCAUUAAGCCAACAGCCAUCCAUGCAGGGGUGCCAACUUGAAUAAAAUAUUGUGGGGGCCCAGGUAAGCCCUGCCCCGCAUAAUUGAUCAAAUGAUGCAGUCCACACACACCAUUUGAAUGGGAAUGCCCAUCAACUUUGGGGGGGCAGCCCCCUCAAAUACUUUCUAAUGGGGGCUGAAGGUCCCAUAGCCCCUAGAAGUUGGCUCCUAUGCAUCUAUGGUUGCCUAAAGAUUCAGACUUCCUGUUUUGGUUGCCUACCUGAGACUGCAGGGUUGAAGGGGGAGGUGGUCAAGUACCUGCAUGUCCCACAAUAUGUGAUUGGUUGGUUGUGUUCAGGGUUGAAUACUUAGGUGUGCGCAAAUUAUAUGAACUGUACAUUCUCUCUUGAUGUUUAUAGAUAUGGUAGCAGGAGGAACAGUGAGGUGGUGAUUAUCUUGUGGGGUAGAAAUGAUGUGGCCCUGGAGAACCCCAUGUUGACACACACAUUUACUUCAUCUUUAGAUGUAUCAGGGAGAUCACAAAAGUGAUUGUGUCAAGCUGCUGCUUAAAACUCACCAGGGGAGAAGGGGGUUGAGCUGACCCACAUUGUGAAAAGGAUCAAUUCUCAUGGGGUGGUUCUUCAUUAUCCCUUAGCUGAUGCCUGUUCAUGCAUUUCGGGAAAAUUUGGUUUGGAAGGAGACCUCUAAAAGCCUGUUUAGCCAUUUAGAUUAUGCUGUGUGAACAUGAUGUGGUGUUUUCCAUUGUGGAGCCCAGCCUUUGGAAUUCCUUCUCCCUAAAUAUGACAGGUAUUGACCUUACCUGUAUUUUGACAUCUGCUAAAGACAUUUAUUUCACCAAACAUUUGCUGAUCACACACAGACACACACACACACACCAACCUUCAUCUGAGGAUCAAAGAUGGUUUGCCAUAUAAAAACACAAAAAUAAUUAACAUAGUUACAAACAAAACAAUACCCUCCCAGUUUAAAAGGCCAUAAAAUAUUUAAUUUGCCAAAGGCCUGGGAGAGGUGGAAUGUUUUCACCUGGCACCUAAAGGCAUGCAAUAAAGGCGCCAGACCAGUCUCCAUGGGGAGAGCAUUCCACAGGGAACCAUUGCAGAAAAGGCCCGCUCUCAUGUUGCCACCCUCUGGACCUCUUGUGAAGGGGGCACACGAAGAAGGGUCUUAUGAUGAUCACAGGGUCUGGAUUAGCUGCAGGAGAUGUGGUCCUUGAGGUAUGGCAAUGCUGAGCCAUCUUGAAUUGGGCCCAGAAACUAAUUGGCAGCCAGUGCAGUCUUGUCCCGGUGAGCAACUCGGCUGCUGAAUUCUACACCUCCUGAAAUUUAUGAACUGUCUUCAGAGGCAGCCCCACAUAUAAUGCAUUGCAGUAAUCUAACCUAGAGGUUACCAAAACAUAGAUGACAGGAGUUGGCUAUCCCUGUCCAGAUGGGGUGCAGCUGGGUCACCUGCAGAAGCUGAUGGAAGGCACUCUGUGACACCAAGGCCACCUGAGCCUCAAGUGACAGCAAUUGAUCUAGAAGUACCCUAAAACUAUGUGCCUUCUCCUUCAGAGAAAGUGUAGCCCCAUCAACAACAGGCCACCUCUCAUCCAUCAAGUCUAGGAAACCACUUGGUGCCUCGGUCUUAUCUGGAUUGAGAUUCAGUUUGUGGCUCUCAUCCAGUUCGUUACUGAGGCAAGAUAGUGUCCCGGCACACUCACAGUCCCCCUUGCAGAUGUAGCCUUCAGUGAUGUGUUUUCUAUUUUUUUCUGAUGUGGAUUGCUGUGUUUAAUUUACUACUGUUUUAAUAUUUUCUGUAAACUGCCCUGAGAUUUGAUAAUGAAAGGUGGCAUAUGAAUAUUUUAAAUGUUGUUGUUUAGUUGUUUAGUCAUGUCUGACUUUUCAUGACCCCCUGGACCAGAGCACACCAGGCACUCCUGUCUUCCACUGCCUCCUGCAGUUUGGUCAAACUCAUGUUGGUAGCUUCGAGAACACUGUCCAACCAUCUCAUCCUCUAUUGUCCCCUUCUCUUUGUGGCCUCAAUCUUUCCCAACAUCAGGGUCUUUUCCAGGGAGUCUUCUCUUCCCAUGAUUUGGAGCCUCAGCUUCACGAUCUGUCCUUCCAGUGAGCACUCAGGGCUGAUUUCCUUCAGAAUGGAUAGGUUUGAUCUUCUUGCAGUCCAUGGGACUCUCAAGAGUCUCCUCCAGCACCAUUUUUUAAUAUUUUAAAUAAAUAGACAAAAUAAUAGAACUAUGUGUGCUUGUAAAAACAAAAACAAAAAAAAAACACCUUAACAGGAAGACGCUUCUAUCUCAAAUCCUCUGGGCAUGUUCCAAGAUGGUACAGGCCUAUGAGAGGCCUAUACCACUGUGCUGCACUCCUUCUCCUCAGGUGGUUUAAGCAUCUGUUCCCCCGUUGCCAGCAUCCCCUCAGCAGCAUAAGACAGACUAUAGAGUUACCCAGUCAGCAGAGAGCAUUAGUCGUACUACACACCAUUAGGAAAAGUCAUUUGAGCCUCAUCAGGAAUUAAUGGACAGUACUUUGUAGCGAUUUCAUUUCAACAAUAAACCUAAUGAGCAAUCUAAAUACGAAUGUUGAAUGAAAUUAGCCACUGUUGUCUGAACUACUUUUCAAAGGAAGCUGCCAGGGGACCCAAAAUCACACAUUCUCCUCUAUUCAUUUGGGCAUUAUCCCAUUUCCUCUGAGUUAGAGGAGAGAUGGCAUGUUUAUAUCAUUACUAAGGCUAAUUGCAUGCUUCAUUAGUUAUUUAAUAGCCAGCAAUUAAUGAUCUGAAGGUUGCUUAGUUGAAAGUUAAGCAAAAGUCAGUAUGGCAAGUGAGGAGGGAGGUAUUGCGGGAAUGCUGCUUUGGGGUAUUCACUUUGCCUUUUGAAUUCUUAAAUCCUUUGCAAAUGCAGUGCUUAUUCAAAGUGCGCUGGAAAAAACUUCAAAUAACCUCUUCCUAGAAUGUAACACAAAUUUUUAUGCAAAGUUGUGGGUAAACUUUCCACAUUGUAAAACACCCUACUGAGAUCUGAGAACUAAUAAACUGACAGCCCAACAGCUUUUAAACAAGUUUUGAGAGAGGUGUAUGAAUAAUAACGGGGAAAGUGUGUGUUUGCAUGUAUCUAUCAAUCUAUAAUUUCAGUCCAAAUGUAUAUAUAUUGACUGAAAUUGCCACUGACUGCUUCGAAGGGCCUGCCGCAAUUUCAUCAGUGAAAUUGUUCACAGCUCUGUCUUUCAUGCCUAGACUCAUUGGCCUCCACCAGAAAGAAAAUCUAAGAAUGCAGUGGGCGAUGCUAACCAAAUACAAUGCUCUCAGUUCUCUAGCUUUUGAUGCAAAAUGGAUAGCGACAGAUCUCAUUAUUCGUGGCAAGGUCUGUAGCUACUCUGCCACCACUUCCAUGACAAAGGGGAAAAAAUUAACUGACAUGUUCGCUGCAUUGCCAUUGCAGCACAUAUUCCAAGAAUAAGGGGGCACCUCUUUUGACUGUUGAACAAAACAGUGGUUCUCCUGCCCACUUGGCAAAUAGGCUGCUCCCUUUCCCCUGAUCCAGCCCAUCAUGAGAAGGAAAGGAAUGGCCAUGCAUGGACAGAACAUCUAAGUACAACCACUGUGCUUAAGUCAAAAUUGCACAAUUGGGUAUUGUAUUUUUCCAGGAGGUUGACCGAGUGUUUUUUGACCUUCAUUUUUGGAUUAUAUACACUUGGGCAGUAUUGGGAUGUGUGGGGUAAUUGAAGGAGAGACAGGUGUGCCGGGUCAAUGGGGAGUGCACUUGCUGUCCUCCAUGUGAUGGACCAGGUCAGGGAAGUGGUUUCAUCCAAUCCAGCUCAAAGGCAGCCAGCAUUUCAAGUAGUUAUAAGCACCUCUGGUAAGUUACCAUUUGAUCAUCAGUCUGUGUUCCUGAUGGUCAGUAAUCCUGAAGGUCUAUUCACUGAGCCUAGGACUUGCAGAUCAGAAGGUUGGCAGUUCGAAUCCCCAUGACGGGGUGAGCACCCGUUGCUCGGUCCCAGCUCCUGCCAACCAUGCAGUUUGAAAGCACGUCAAAGUGCAAGUAGAUAAAUAGGUACCACUCUGGCAGGAAGGUAAACAGCGUUUCCGUGCGCUGCUCUGGUUCGCCAGAAGCGGCUUAGUCAUGCUGGCCCCGGAAGCUGUACACCGGCUCCCUCAGCCAAUAAAGCGAGAUGAGAGCCGCAACCCCAGAGUCGGCCACUACUGGACCUAAAGUUCAGGGGUCCCCUUACCUUUACCUUUUAUAAAUACAAAAAAGAAGAUGGUUGGGCAUGUAUAGUAUAUGUACCACAGUGUUUAACACAAAAUAUUAACCAAGAAAUGGCAACCAAGAGAAUGAGAAUAAGAAUAAGAAUAAGAAUAAGAAUAAGAAUAAGAAUAUUGGCCCAUAAUCAAUCUAAGCUUCCCAUGGGAAAAUGAAGCUUAGCAAAUGUUUACGUUACUUGCUUCAGUAUGGUAGGAUUCUUUCGGCUAGCCAUAAAGUUAUAAACUUAUACCCGAAAAGCCUUCUGUGAUUUGUGUUUUCGAGAUCCUGUAGUAUGUUUGUAAAGAGCUGCCGCUGUAGUACUGGUUUUGCUUGGAAAGAGAAGCACUGUUUAUAUAUUCUUUUUAUUUCCACAAUUUAUAUACACUGUAGUCUCUAGGUCGAUAAAGAUACAAAAAAGAUAUGUAAGAUAAAAUAGGUUACAAUUAACCACAACAUCAGAAAAGCUUACAGUUGUACCUCCGCUUACGUAUCCCUCAGCUUAUGUAAACUUCGGGAUACGUAAGCCGCAAACCUAGAAGUAUUUUUCCAGGUUUUUGCCACGCGCACAUGCACAGAAGCGCUCUACCGUGUGUGCACAGAAGCAGUCCCUCCGGUUGCGGAAACCUCGGGAUCCAACCAGAGUUCCGGAACGGAUCCCGUCCGCAACCGGAGGUACCACUGUACUUUAAAUACCUGCUGAAAUAAAAAGGUCUUCUCCAAGUGCCAGAAGUUCAAAAGGGAGGAGACCUCUCUCAGCCAGGAGGUAGGUCCACAGAGUUUAGGUAUUGAAUGGGUACCUCAAGUUCAGGUAUUCAAGAUACCUAGCUAAGAAGCUAGUGCCAACUUACCUGGAACGUAAAUAUGCAGUCAUGUGUGGGGUAAAUAGAAUAAAAUAAAUAAGGAAGGAGUAUUGCAAAGCCAGCGUCAUCGUCAUCAAGCUCCUUCUGAGGUCCACACUGGAGCAGGGAGGUAACGGCCAGGCCUCAGAGCCCUGCUCCUCUUCUUUGAUGUUCACGUUGGUCACUUGCCCUCACCUAGCACUCAAGCGCAAGAAUAUGGAAGAGCGCCCGCUGCAUGCUUUGCCCUCUCUGCAGCAGUAGUGUACAUUUGGCUCAGAAGGAGAGGGGAAGACAAUGGGCUGCGUUGAAUGUAGGAAGGAAUCUGGCCGACUCAAUAAGGGAGGGCACUGAGGGCAUCUUCCACAAAAGAGUGAUGUCAGAAAGGCAACGUAGCCAUUCUCUGUCAUUGUUCCAUCCUCCCCAUUACUGUCAGCACAGCUUUGACACAACCUGGUCUACUGAAACAAAGCACCUAAUAAUUUUUCUGUCAUUUGUCUUAUGCACAGUAUCAUCCAAGGGCUAAUUAGGUAGCAACAGCAAUAGCCGCUUCCUGAGCAAGUGGGCUAGGAUGGAUCAUUAGGCUGCAUUAUAAGUCGGUGGAUUUAGGAGAAGGCCAUUAGAUUGGUUGGCUCACUUGGGUGGGCUUUUAUCUCUCUGCUUCAUCCAUGUAUGAGGUUCAGCCAUUAUCUCCUGCAUCCCACUUUAUAGUGUCUCCAUAUAUACCCAUCACUUAGUCACUGGAAAUAAACUGCCUUAUGUCAUUUAUCAUGUGUAGGAAGUGAUUGUUGUGUAACACAGUGGAAGCCUUUUCUAAUAAUGAUUUGUGGAUGUAGGAAGUUGGUCAUUCAUGAACUAAAGAAGUGUUUUGCUUCAAACCUGUGGUUAAAUUCUUUUAUGGGAUUUAACUGCCACAAGUGCAGGGGGAGGUGGGACACAAGUAUUAUAAAUGAAUGCCAGGAAGGCACACCCACCCACUGCCUACUGUUAGGUGGUGUGAAACAACGACCCGAGUAAAAGAUUGUUGGCAGUGGAGGGGUGUUGGGAGGACCGAACAGCAUGCGCAUGUAUCCUGCACACACACCCCGGCUAGCCUUUUGCUUCUCAGUGUUCUGCCAGCAGUGGUGAAAUCAGAUUUCAUUGUCAUUCCAGUAAAUGGGGAGAGGACACCCUAUUGCCCAUUGCCUCUGGCAGCAAAAUGCCGUGAUCUUGGGUCUCAAAGCUUAGGUCAUACAGUUUCCCAGCUUAUAUCACGACGUAGAUUUAUUACCAAGUGUACUCUAAACAGCUGUACCUAAACCAGGCUCCCUGAUAAAGUGAGCCACCAUGAUGCAUUUGUUUGCAAACACAUGUUCCUACCUUGUUCACUUUAUGUUUUAAGGAUGCAUCAAAAACCAUAAAGUGACUGAAGAGGUUGAUAGUGGAGUUUGGUGUUCUGCACAUGCUGAGAGGAAGUCGAACUGUCAUAUUGCUUCAUGUAAACUGGAGCGAAUCCUGGCCCUGAAAACCAAGGCCCUGGGCUUAAACAAUGCCCUCUGUAACCUUAUUGCAAACACCAAUACCAAUAAUGCAUGCAGGCUCACUAGGUGAGAAAAGCUGCAACGUUGCAGGGCUUUGUCCAUUAAUCUAAACAGUAUCUCAGCAUGUCCAAGUUAAAAUGCUUAAUUAAGGUCUCCACUAACCAUGCAACGAAAGCAAAUUCCCCAAUGGUCUUUCUAAAUUCCAAAGUUCUGUUUUACAAAUGCUAGAAUAGGCUCUGCUGGGAGUAAAUGUUUAUUUAGCUAACAUCUGUUAGUUCCCCUGACAGAAGAAUGAACAUAUAAUUAACUUUUUCCCCUCUCUGUUUAAUAGAUGCAAAAGAUAUUUGAGAAACUUGCAGGAUUCAAAGAAAUCCGUGUAUUAGGAUUUAGGUAA